UCCGUCAUAAAAAUGGCUGCGCUUCGAGUGUUUAGUCGUAAUAUACCGUAUUUACGACAACAAUUUUCAGCUUUACUAGGGAACACAUCGCCCACAGUGAAAUUCAUUUGUGUCGUAGUUGUUAUAGGGUAUGUUUUGUCAUUUUCGCAAGAUGUGGUGGACGUGCUCAGUGUUACACCAGGAUAUUUGCUACCCCCUUCAUUUCAAUUGUGGUCUACUUUCACGUUCUGGUUUCUCGAGAUACAUUUGUGGGAGGUGAUUAUUGAUAUCGUGACGGUUGGUUUGUGUGGAAAGUUGAUAGAGCCGUUAUGGGGUCAAAUGGAAAUGAUGAAGUUCUUUUUCCUAACGAACAUUGGUGUUGCGUUUCUAACGACGUUUUAUUACUUAGUGAUAUAUGCUUGGACCCAGGAUACCAGUCUACUGUUCGACAUACACGUUCACGGCCUGGCCGGUUAUCUGGCCGCUGUAAGUGUAGCCGUCAAACAGAUUAUGCCAGAUCAUCUGUUAAUCAAAACACCAUUGGGUAAAUUAACAAAUAGAUCUCUCCCACUUCUGAUACUCAUCGCAGCAAUCCUACUCUGGGCUGUAGGUGCAUUAGAAGGAACAUAUCCUUGCAUGUGGGGCAGUGGAACUCUGCUGUCAUGGAUAUAUUUAAGGUUUUGGCAACGACACAGCAGUGGCACUAGAGGGGACAUGGCAGACAAUUUUAGUUUUGAUAAUUUCUUUCCAACUGUCCUUCAGCCGCUAGUGAGGGGCAUUUUGGGCCCCGUGCACCGUUGCUGCGUGCGCAUCGGUAUGUGUAGCCCGAGCCCGCGCAGAGUGCACCUGGCGCUAAGCCCUCGUGGCGUCACCAUCUCCAUGCCGGGCGUAGAGCCACAGGACAUGGAGCGACGACGCCAAAUAGCUCUCAAGGCACUCAGCGAGAGAUUAUCCAAGACUUCAGAGCAGACACGCCAAAAGAACCUAUCCACCAAAGUCAACAUGGAUGCAGUCAGAAAGAUGCAGUCCUCGAACGUGAUACCGCAGUUCCCGGCGGAGGGCGAGCCCAUUGAACCCACUGCCCCUGUGGAGGCGACCCUGGUGGAUAUAACCGCUGAGCCGCCUCCCCCUAUCACAAAAACUUCAUGAUCGUAGAGAGACUGGUUAGAUAAGUUUUACGAACCACCCGAACGCGUGCGAAAUUCCGAUCGGUAAAGUUCUCACAAUGUUACUUGAGCUUGCUGAAGUAUUGUUCGCGCUUGUACCGUGUACACAUGCCGCCUUUAGACCAUUGUAUCCCUUAAGAACUGCGUGCAACUCGUGACUUACUUAACUCCGUCCAUCUUUGAUCACUUGUAGUGUAUCACAGAGUAAGGAAUCAUUUAGGGGUCCGAUGAAGCUGUCUACGCAGAGCAAUCGUGCGGUAAGCGUACCCGUACUCUGUCUUUAAGAAAAAUGCAAUAAUUCGGGUAUUUUAUAGCUACAUAUCUGCAAUCAACAGAAUGACGGGUCUUUUAUAGGUACAUUGUUGUCUCAAACAGUUCUAGCAAAACAAUACUGUGUAGUUUUUGCUAGAUAGCAAACUAUAUAAAUCAAAACAAUAUAUGAUAUCCAGGGUGUGGUUUUUGAUUUACUUUUCAAGAUCGACAUAACUUUUGUUAUGGAAAGGUCAGUCAUUAUGUAAAACCGAAUUAAACCUAGUUACUGCAGUUUUCUUGAGGAGGGCACUGUAAGUAGUAAGGUUCCUACCAUAGAUUAUAUAAUAUAAAGUCGUGACGAUGUCGGCAUUUACCAUUAGAUCAAAGGCGUCGAACCACUGAUCUCGUCUUUAUACUAUGGUAUUGCUGAUAAGAUGUCGAAACUUCGAACGACUGCUGUUUCCAAAUUCAAAUGAAUGGAUAGAGGGCGUGCCUAGUCUAUGGUCUCUGAGGAAAAAAAUCCGAUAGGAAUAUUAAUCGCUAAUACCGAUAAAAUCUUGGCGGCUUUGCGAUAAUGCAAAAUGUGUUUAGAAUAAAGAUUUCAGAUUGCGAUAAUUCCGGUCGAAAUUUCGCACAGGUUUGGGUUAUUUUUAUCCGCGGUGUAGGAGUCUGGUGUUUAGGACAUAUUCCAAUAAUGUUUAAAAAUAAAAUUGAUUUGACUCAAAACACAUGUCGUGGCGUGGCGUGUCAAAAGUAUGCCAGGCUUUGUGUUUGUGUUAUCAGCAAUUAAGUCAGACUGAUAAGCUAAGAUUAAGAUUUGUGUUCAACAUAAUUCGGGUAUAUAGAGUAUUUUUUCCUGUAUAACGGCGACUUAGUUAAUGUAUCCUAUUCAUUGUUAAAGAAAAAAAUAAAAUAUUUUAAAGAAGAAAUAUUAGAUAUUUAGUAACACCCUACUGCGAGUGCGAGCCACGCGGCGCGGCGGCGGUAUGUAUUAUUGUUCCUGUAAUACUUCUAGGAAAAAAAAUAACUCCUAUAUAACUUGACGUUUAUAUUAAUUAAUUUUUACUUCUUUGUUUAAAUUUUUUAAAUAAUUGUUUUAUAUAACCUAAAAUAAACUAU